UAUCGAUCUGCCAAGGUGAAGUUUGUGGAAACUGAGCCUUAAUCAGCUGGAGAGCUGGGCAUUUUUUGCAAAACGAGGUUUGCAGCUGCAGCUACCUAAGCAUUACAAAGCACAUUCACUGGCUAAUAUCCUCGAUUCUGACUAAACGGCAAGUGUCGCGAGUGCUCGUCAAAAAAUGGCAAGCGAAGAUAAAGUUGUGCCUCCUGAGGAAACCGAAGAGGACCUUGAUGAACUUCUGUGCAGCGCAUUGGAUGACCUAAAAAAACCAGCUGAAGAGCAGGCUGCUCCAAAGAAAGAGAAAAUCAAAGCGCCUACUGGCCUGCCGGGUGAACUAGAAAAAGCAUGGAGCGAUGAGUUUGCAAAUCAAUUCCAAAAGUAUCUUCAAUCUGAGGGAGGUGAAAGCGCUGAAGCAGUGGCAGCAAGUCUUCAAAAAAUGACGGAGGCUGCCGCAGAGGCUCUUCGCAGCACUGGAGUUGAAACACCAAUGACGCCAUCUGCUGAGGACCCUGUGUCUGCAGCAAUUGCACAAACUCUCAAAAACCUUGCUGACAGUGCAAAUACGUUACAGAGCCCUCUGACAGAAGAUGAGCUCAUGAACAUGUUUGGCAGUUUUGGUUUAUCCGAUGGACCUAACGGAGAGUCCGACAUCUUCCCAUUCAUGCAGAGCAUGAUGCAGUCUCUUCUAUCCAAAGAUGUGUUGCACCCUGCACUGAAGGGGAUCAUUGAAAAGUACCCAGCCUGGCUUGAAGAGAACAAGGCGUCCCUAACAGAAGAAAAAAUUUCUAAUAUUAUGCGGCAGCAAGAACUGAUGAAAAAAGUCUGUGAUGAACUGGAGAAAGAACUGCCAUCAGACACAGAUGACGUCAAAUCUAAAAGAUUCGAUAAGGUCCUCGACCUCAUGCAACAAAUGCAAGAGUGUGGUUUACCACCCGCAGAGCUAACUGGGGAGUUGCCUGCAGAUUUGAGCGCGACAAUGGGAAAUGGAGACCCAGCACAGUGUUCAGUCAUGUAAAUCGUCAUUUUAACUUAAUUUUAGGCAUGCUAGGGAAAUUGUUACUUUUAGACAAAGAGAUUUUAGGAUGGUUCGUUCUCUUUCUCCUUCAAAUGUUCCAUUUUACAGAGAAAAGUUUAAUGCAGAGCUGUAGAUAUCUGCAAUUAGAUGAUUGACAUUGGUUAUAGUCAAAGUCACCAUUUAUUAUGUACGAGCCUGGAAGUGCCAAAUGUUUCCUGUCAAUCGAAGUUGAAGAAUGACCAAUUCAUGCGUUGGGUAACAAGGUGGAAUGCUGGUAAUUGAAAUUGAACAGUCAUUGCGGGUGCACUAGAAUGAGGGCAUUUAAUGAAGCAGUCCUCUCAAAUUAAAGAUGAUUUUUUUACCAGCCUAGUGCCCAAGUUUGACUAUAAAUUGCGAUGGGGCAUCAAACAUGGACAUUAGCUAGCUCUAAUUUCGUACGCAGUACUCUCCUGUAGGUGUCAGACUUGUUAACUUGGUGUUAAUUUUUGUGAUUUAAGCAUUAUCGCUCUUUUGCUCAUUAUGUGGAAAUGUGUAUGAAUGAGUUCUGGCAUUCUGAUUAACAAAGGAGCAAUAUAAGAAACACGUUGAACCACACAACAAGAUAUAUAAUAACUUAAAGUAACACGGAGACUGUUAAAAUAUAAAGUAAGAUUGAGCAUUACUCUUCGUGACAGCUAAGGCGGAAUAUUUUUGCACAAUCAAGUUUGGCAUUUUGCAAGUUGGCAUUGAACUCGAGACAAUUAAAGACCGAAGAUAUACAAUAGCUGCUCACGACAAUUUUCUCGUGGCAACUUCGAGCCGGAGGACGAACAUGUGAUCACCAGAUAGUGAUACAUAAUUAUACCAGAUUGGAAGGUGCAACUAUUUGAAAAUGUGAUAAAAAAUAUAUACCAAAAGUAUGGAAUUAACGAAAAAAUUUCCCUGCCCGGUGUGUCCGUUUGAGCCAAACAGCUUUACAAAUUCCACCUCAUCCUCAUGUGGUGUAAACUAAUCCAAACUCAUGUAUUCCGCAAUUCAUAAAUUAAGUUCACUUAACACUUUUUUAGGUUCAAUAUAAAAUUUGCACAAUGCUAUGCAUUUGUGUGCGCUAUUUUUGUGAGAAUUGAACCUACAAGCGAGCGUGCAAACUUUUCAGUUCUCACAAAACUGCUACAUGGCCUAUUUAUGAAGAUAAUAAGUCGAUUCGAUCUUGGUAGGCACUCUGCUAAUCUACCAGUAAUUUGCUGUUUAUGUGAGCCGGACCUUUUUGUGUCGAUUGCUCGGAAUUUACCCUAAUUCUAUGUGUAUGGCUCUAGAAAUUUUAAGGUCUUCAUAUUGAUUGUUGUGGCGAAAUAAAUAAAAUGUUGCUUGAGCUAAAA